AAAGAAUUUUUGUUACACAUCUUAAAGUUAAAGUUCAGCUCUGGCGUCUCUGCAAUUGUAUUCUCUAAUAGAGGAAACCUGAGGAAGAUCAGCAGUUUGAAAACCAUGGCGCAGGUGCCAUUGACAUUCAGUGAUGUUGCCAUAGACUUCUCUCAGGAGGAGUGGGAAUGCCUAAAUUCCGAUCAGAGGGAUUUGUACAGAGAUGUGAUGUUGGAGAAUUAUACUAACUUGGUCUCACUGGACUUUGAUUUUACAACUGAGACCAACAAGUUAUCUUCAGAAAAAAGCAGUUAUCAAGUAAAUUCAUAUCAUCGGGAGACAAUGAAAAGAAGUAAAACCUUCAACCUUACGAGGUUUACUUUCAGAAAUGACCCACAGUGCAGAAUUGAAUUUGGGAGAGAACAGGGGCCUAACAUGGAAUGUUUUAGUCAAAUGACAUUUAUAAAACAUAUAUCUCUUCCUCUACACCAGAGAAUUCACACUAGAGAGAAAUCCUAUGAAUGUAAGGAAUGUAGGAGGGGCUUUAGAAAAUAUUCACACCUUACUGAACAUUUCAGAGACCAUAAUGGUGUGAGACCCUAUGAAUGUAAGGAAUGUGGAAAAGCCUUUAUAGUCCUCCAGCAUUUUGUUAGACAUAAAAAAAAUCACACUGAUUUGAAACCCUAUGAAUGUAAUGGAUGUGAGAAAGCCUUUAGGUUUUAUUCACAGCUUAUUCAACAUCAGAUCAUUCAUACUGGUGUAAAACCCUAUGAAUGUAAGCAAUGUGGGAAGUCUUUUAGACGUUAUUCUCACCUUACUGAACAUCAAAAAAUACAUAUUGGUUUGAAACCCUACGAAUGUAAGGAAUGUGGAGAAACUUUUAGAUUGUACCGACAUAUGUGCCUACAUCAGAAAAUUCAUCAUGGUGUGAAACCCUAUAUAUGCAAGGAAUGUGGGAAGGCCUUUGGUCAUCGUUCAAGUCUUUAUCAACAUAAGAAAAUCCAUUCUGGUGAGAAACCAUAUAAAUGUAAACAGUGUGGAAAGGCCUUUGUUCGCAGCUAUCUACUUAUUGAACAUCAGAGAAGUCAUACUGGUGAGAAGCCUCAUGAAUGUAAGGAAUGUGGGAAGGCCUUUAGUAGGGGCUCAAGCCUUCUUAAACAUAAGAGAAUUCAUAGCAGUGAGAAACUCUAUGACUGUAAGGACUGCGGGAAGGCCUUCUGUAGAGGCUCUCAACUUACGCAACAUCAAAGAAUUCAUACUGGUGAGAAGCCACAUGAAUGCAAAGAAUGUGGGAAGACAUUUAAGCUUCAUUCAUACCUUAUUCAACAUCAGAUCAUUCAUACUGAUUUAAAACCAUAUGAAUGUAAACAAUGUGGGAAAGCCUUCAGCCGUAUUGGAGACCUUAAAACACACCAGUCAAUUCAUGCAGGAGAGAAACCCUUUGAAUGUAAGGAAUGUGGAAAAAGCUUUAGACUUAAUUCUCAACUGAUUUAUCAUCAGACAAUUCAUACAGGUUUGAAACCUUAUAUAUGUAAGGAAUGUGAGAAGGCUUUUCGUUCUAUCUCAGGUCUCUCUCAACAUAAGAGAAUUCAUACCGGUGAAAAACCCUAUGAAUGUAAAGAAUGUGGGAAGGCCUUUAAUCGCGGCGAUCGACUUACUCAACAUCAGAGAAUUCAUACUGGUGUGAAACCACACAAAUGUAAGCAAUGUGGAAAGACCUCUACUCGUUGCUAUCAACUUACUCAACAUCAAAGAUUUCAUAGUGGUGAGAAACUCCUGAUGUAAUGAGAGUCAGAAAGCAUUUAACUUUGGCACCUUUACCAUUACCACUAUUCUACCGCCUAGUGAUGUUAUGGUAAAGAUUAAAUUACUUAACAUAAAAUUUAAAUGCUUAGGGGUCAUCUGGCACAUGGUAUUUGCUUACUAAGUAUCGUGGCUUUUUAAAUGAUAAUCACUAUUAUUACUAUACAUAAAUUCAUGUGGAAGAAAGACCCUAUAAGCGUAUUUUUAAAAUGUAUCAGGGCUCAUCCAUAUUUUCUUCAGAUAAUUAAUUCUGGACAAAAAUCCCAUUUUUAUUCAAAGAUCAGGCCCCUGAGGAUGAAUAAUAAUAAGAAACCCUGUGCCUUUAUUGAAUAUUGAGAGUUCAUCUGUUGAAAAAUUGGAGUAGUUUGAAGAAACUUUCUUACAAUAAAUUCGGCAAUACAGAUAAUAUACAAUCCACGUGCCCUACAAUUGAAAUAAAUUAAAAACUAACAAUCUGGUAGCCAAAGACUAGGUUGACUUUUUUGAGUGAGUUUUUAUAAGUUUUCAAAUUUACAUAAAAAGUACAACAGUGUUGCAAUGAAGUUUGUUUGCUCUCCACCUAGAUUCAGUAUAUCUG